UUUUCUUUCUGAGUCUCCUUGCACAACUUUUCCUCAUCAAAUCACCCAUGUUUUUUUUUAUUUUAAUUUUUCAUUUUGUUUCUCAUAAAAUUUUAAUUUUCCAUGCCUUUUUCAAUUUUUUGCCACCACUUCCUCCUUAUUAGUCUCUAAUUGUCAUCAUCACCUUCUUCUCUUCUCUUACAAAUACCACUCAUUACAAUUUCUCUUUGCACACUCAAUUAUAGAUUAAGAAAAAAAAAAGAGAAAAAAAAGUAGCUAUAUAUAUAUAAUAAUUCUACUUUAAUAUAGUUUUUUUCAUCAAUUUCUUUAAUUUUGAUUAUUAUUAUUGCAUGUUAAUGAUGAUUCUCUUCAUGAAUUCUACAUAGAUAUAAACACAACACACAUAUAUAGAGAAAUAGAAAGAGAUAUGUCUGAAAUAGUUGUUCAGAGUUGUUCAGACAAGUAAUCCAUGGCAUAGAUAGCGACUUGAAAAAAAAAAAAAAAAAAGAACAUACACACACCACCAUCAUCAUCAUCUCCUCUCUUCACGAGAUUAAUUAAUUUCCCUUUUUUUAAAAAAAAAAUCUUUUUUUUUGUUUAUGAUAUUGCAUCACAAAAGCAAAUGAUUCCUUUCUCUAUCUAUAUAUAUCUUCCACCUAUGUUCACUAGCAAGGUUUCUUUCUUCUUAAUUAUUUUGUGUUCCAAAGCUUAAAUAUUAUUUAUAUAUUUAUUUGGUUUGUUAAUUAUAGACACAACCAAAGAAAUUAAUAUACACAGAGCUAUGAUUUUGGAAACAAACAAACCAAGACAUUAGAAUAUCGUAUCUUUGCUUCCUCUUUUUUUUUUUCUUUUUUUUUCCCCUUUCCCCACUAUCUUCUUUUUUUUUUUUUUUGUUCUAAAUUGGAGAAUUUUUCUUAAGGCAUAAUGUUCCCAGCAGUUAUGUCCAAUUCUACUUCUUUGUCUGAAGAAGCAAGUGUCUCUUCUGGCACAAGAAUUCAAGACUUUGGUGCUACCUUAAACCAUGUUGUUUCAACAAUUUCUCCUCAUCAACAACAACAACAACAACAACCUCCUCAAAAGAUCAAGAAAAAGAGAAGCCUCCCUGGAAAUCCAGACCCAGAUGCUGAAGUGAUAGCUUUAUCACCAAAGACACUAUUAGCAACAAAUAGGUUUGUGUGUGAGAUCUGUAACAAAGGGUUCCAAAGGGAUCAAAACCUUCAGCUUCAUAGAAGAGGGCACAAUCUACCAUGGAAGCUGAAGCAAAGGAACAACAAGGAAGUGAAGAAGAGAGCAUAUGUUUGCCCUGAACCUUCAUGUGUCCAUCACAAUCCUUCAAGGGCUCUUGGGGACCUCACUGGAAUCAAGAAGCAUUAUUGUAGAAAACAUGGUGAGAAGAAGUGGAAAUGUGACAAGUGCUCUAAGAUCUAUGCUGUUCAAUCUGAUUGGAAGGCUCAUUCUAAAACUUGUGGUACUAGAGAAUAUAGAUGUGAUUGUGGAACCCUUUUCUCCAGGAAGGACAGCUUCAUAACUCAUAGGGCAUUCUGUGAUGCAUUGGCUGAAGAGAGUGCAAGAGUUUCAGCAAACCAGCAUCAAUUAAUCACAACACCUUCAAAUCCAUUACUCCAAUCCCUCUUCCUUUUCCCAACCCAAAACAACUUCAUCAAUCCAUGGGACCCACAAUCAUCUCAAGAAAACCCUAACCCUAAUAAUAAUAAUAAUAAUACACUUCUUCAUAACAUCAACAUUAAGCCUGAAGUUCAAAACUUUCACAUCCCAAAUUCCGAUAAUGCCCCUCCAUUGUUCCUUCACCAAAACCCCAGCAAGAAUAACACCAUCAUGAUGACGUCACCCUUCAGGAACAACCCGCACGUGCGCAUGCAACCACAAUCCAACACUGCUAAUAAUGCUGCUGCUGCUGCCACGUCAGCACAUCUCUCAGCCACUGCACUCCUCCAGAAGGCCGCGACGGUGGGCGCGGCCGCCAUCACGGGCCCUAAUGCCUCACUUGGAGUUGGCCAGCACGUGACUGAGCUCGGCGACAUGACUCAGCUUGACUCGGUUCAUUUCAUGAACAACAUGGGAGUGGGAGGGUUUAACAACAACAACACAAGGAGCCUCAAGAGUAGUGAUGAUCUUACAAGAGACUUUCUAGGGUUAACCGGAGAUAACAACGGCGGAAGAGGCGGCGGCUGUGACGGAGGAAAUGCUGGCGCAGUUGACGUUAGCAUGAACGUGAAGGACAUGCUAACGUACACCGGGAACAUAGAUUACCAACAACAACACCACCAUCAUCUUCGACACCCGUUGUUUAAGUCACCACAACAAGGUUUUGGAUUUCUUGGAACAACAACUGCCCCAGAAUCAUGGGGCAAUUGUUGAUCAUGAUGCAAUUAUAUUCGAAAAAUUAACGCGUAGAUACAAAUCUAACAUCUCGUAUUCUUCGGCAUUAUGCGUGUAAAUACGAGGUGUUAGAGUUGUAUUUGCGCGAACCCAUUUCACAAUGCAAGAGUGCAAAACUAUAGGGGUAAAAUCGGAAACUGAAUAUGAAUUGUCACUUAUACCCUUGUCAUGAUGAACGUGUAUUUCCUUUCUCUUUGAACCAGCUAGCUAGUUACAAUGGUUUUAAAUUGUUUCGAUUUUUCGUUAAUGAAUGAACUAUAUGCAUGAGUGUGAAUUUAUUUAGUUUUUAUUUUC